AUGACAAUGUGGCCCAACUUCUUCAUGCAAGAAGAGGACCGACGGCGCGGGGCAGCAAGCCGGCGGCGGGCCUGUGGGCAGCAGGGUGCCAGGAUGACCCCAGAGCGCGAGGGGAAGAUCAAGCUGGCACUACUGCUGGCCACCGUGGGCGUCACACUGGCUGUGCUGGCUGUGGGCACAGAGUUCUGGGUGGAGCUCAACACCUACAAAGCCAAUGACAGUGCCAUCUGCGAAGCUGCCCACCUGGGGCUGUGGAAGGUGUGCACUAAGCGCCUGUGGCAGGCCGACGUGCCCGCAGGCAGGGACACUUGCGGCCCCGCGGAGCUGCCGGGAGAAGCAAACUGCACCUACUUUAAAUUCUUUACCACGGGCCAGAAUGCACACAUCUUCCAGAGAACCACAAAAAAAGAAGUUAAUCUGGCGGCUGCAGUGAUAGCAGUGAUGGGCCUGGCAGUCAUGGCCCUGGGGUACCUCUGUGUCAUCAUGGUGCUCAGCAAAGGUGCAGAGUUCCUGCUCCGAGUUGGAGCCAUCUGCUUUGGCCUCUCAGGCCUGCUACUUCUGGUGAGCUUGGAGGUGUUCCGGCAUUCCGUGCGAGCCCUGCUCGAGAGAGUCAGCCAUGAGCCUCCGCCGGCCCCGGCCUUGGCCUAUGAAUACUCCUGGUCUCUGAACUGCGGAGUGGCGGCCGGCCUGGUCCUGAUGUUGGGGGGCGGCUGCUUCCUGCUGCUCACCCUGCCUCCCUGGCCCUGGGGGGCCCUCUGUCCCAAGCGGGGACACAGGGACACCUAGGGCUGCCAUUUUGCUUUCUCUGUGCUCCUGCCAACCCCUUCCUCCUUCUCCACUCUAACGCUCAGAAUCUUUUGCCCCAUCUCCUAGAGAAACUGUAUUCUUCCUGCUGUGGGGCUCCCGUCAUUUUCACACACCUGCCUCUCAUUCCUUCAUCUUUCCCCACUCAGUAAAUACAUUUUUCUCAG